GAGGUCUUCAAAACCUCGGUGUCCAAAUUGCUGCUGGUGAGGACCUUAUCGAUCUGGAGUACGCAGAUGACGUUGCCCUCAUUUUUGAAGACCAAGGUGAAGCACAAGCCCUGUUGAAUAGACUGAUCGCCGUCAUACAAUCUUUCGGCAUGCCGCUGACACCUUCAAAGUGCAUGUUUCAGAACACACAGGCUCCUAACGUACCCAUUACAAUCCAAGCAGAAUCGUUUCCAUCUUUUUUCAGCGUUAACCCUCUUACAUCAUCUGUUUUAUCUCCAAGUGACCGGUUUCUUCCCACCCCUCCACCCAAUGGAAUUGACCCAUCUGAGUACAUUGAUUAUUUUGUUGACUUACUCGCGUUCUGUUCAGUCGAAAUUGUCGGAAAAGGUCCGAUCAGAAGUGGCCUGUUCUGGAGCGGGAUGGCUCAGCGUUUGGAGCGUGAAUUUACUGACUGGACGGAUGGGUUCGUUGUUUCCAUUGUCAAAGAGAACACGACGCUGAGACAGUUUUGCGCUUCCGGCUUCCCAAGCUCGGAAGGCCAUGUUGAAUUCGCCCCAACGGAACAGAUGCACCUCACCAGCUGGAUUGAUACUGAGAGGAACGGUGGAUCGCUUCCAGAUGACAGUCGUGUGCCAUUGGCCAUCCUACUUCGAGGUAAACAAAUUCAAUCUUCCCAGCUGAACUUUCAACCGCGGCUGUUCCUUCUGAGUGAGGAUGAUCCAGAUCAAUCCAAACUUACGUCUGUCGAACAACUGGACGUGAGUCACGUCGUGUUGAAGCCCGAAGAUUUUGCCGAACUGGCUAAGCUUUCUUCCAGUCCAAACGGUUCUGAAGCAAUGCUCACCAUCUUUCGAGAUCCACCAACCAGCAGACAACUAGAACUAUUCAAUCCGGCCGUGCUGCUCAUCUACAGCAUUGCCUUGCUGUCCAUCGUCCUCGGUUGUGCGAUGAUCUUCCUGUCAUAUGAGGACUUGCUCAGAGAAAUGCAAGCUCGAACCGCUGCUUUCAAGCAAUCCAAAUGGGCCAUGUACGUCGCUUUGGGGCUGUUACUUGUUCUCGCGUCGGGCUUUAUAUUGAUUUACUACUACUUCUACGACACUGCAGUCUACUUCGCCAUCUCGCUUUUCUUUUGCUGCGGGAUUUUGGCAGUCACCAAUGUGCUUGCAUUCUGGAUCACCUACUUCUUCCCGGCGGCUAAAAAGAGGUUUGCCGUCAACUUUCGUCUCUGUCGAUUUCACGUGGGAUUCAAUGUGUCCGUCACUAAACUGGCGGUCUCGCCCGUAGGCAUUGCACUGAUGGUGGUGUGGUUGAUAUUUCGCAAGGAGGAAUUCAUCGGUUGGCAUCUUCAAACGGCUGUCGGUGUUUUCAUGGUCGCCUGGCUGCUCUCUUCUGGCAUUCCACUCCCAUCGUUAAAACUAAUCACCAUCUGCUUUGCCAUGUUCCUGGCUUAUGACGUAUUCUUUGUGUUCAUCACCCCGUACUUUCAACAGGCCACCGAACCUCCUCCCCCAACGGCAACACACGUUAUUCGGAGCCGACGUUCCGCCUCGAAUGAACUGAGUUACAUGGAAGCGAUUGCCACUGGAUCAGCCGGCAUAAGCGGCGAGACGAUACCGGCCAGUUUCCGAAUACACCUCGUCCUAACCACAGGACAGUACGGUUGUAAACAAUCGCCAUACAGCAUACUGCUCGGGUUUGGUGAUGCCAUCUUCCCUGGUUUACUGUGCGCCUUCUUGGCGUUCUACGAUUCCCUGUGGAAAAUUCGAUUUCGAAUGAACUUCCUGGCCUCCUUGUUUGGUUACCUGCUUGGUAUGUUGACCACACAGUUUGUAAUGACCUUGACCGAUCGUGGUCAACCGGCUUUGCUCUACCUGUGUCCGUUUACUUUGGGAACCACGGUCGUGUUCGCUGCCAUCUUUCUCGGCAGGGAGGAAUUACAAAAAAUGUGGAAAGGCGCCUUCCCGUUGGUCACGUCUGGUGACUCCGGUGAACUACGUCCAUCUGGAGAUGAACUAAAAGAUGACGAGUAUCCUGUCGGGGAUAAAGCAAAGUCGACCGAUUCACUCGUUGCCCAGGACCAUAAUGAUCUUGUCAAUUUCGACCACGAUGAUGAUACUCUCCGUUUGUCCACAUCCCGUGCGGUAUGAAAAGAGCCAGAAGUAG